GGGUCUCAUGCAUCUACAGGGCAAGCCGGUUUGUUCAUUUGAUCCAGAAGGGUUAAUUUUUGCUGCAGGUGUCAACUCUGAAACGGUCAAACUUUAUGACCUUCGUUCUUUUGAUAAGGGACCAUUUGCAACCUUUAAGAUGCAGUAUGACCUGACGUGUGAGUGGACAGGACUUAAGUUCAGCAAUGAUGGCAAGCUCAUACUCAUCUCCACCAAUGGCAGCUUCAUCUGUCUCAUUGAUGCAUUUAAAGGAGUGGUCAUGCACACAUUUGGGGGUUAUGCUAACAGCAAAGCCGUCACAUUGGAGGUCUCAUUUACUCUAGACUCUCAAUUUAUUAUGAUUGGUUCAGAAGAUGGCAAAAUCCAUGUCUGGAAUGGGGAGAGUGGUAUCAAAGUAGCUGUACUGGAUGGUAAACACACGGGUCCCAUCACCUGUUUGCAGUUCAACCCCAAGUUCAUGACCUUUGCCAGCGCAUGUUCCAACAUGGCCUUCUGGUUGCCCACCAUUGAUGACUGACCCUAAUGCGUGGCUGUUUCUGUACUGUGAUGGUUGCCAGCAGGAAAAACUCAGAGGGGACUGAAAUGAUGAUGGGAUUGGAUCACUUGACUGGGCUGAGAACUUCCUUUCACAUGACCUUCCCAUGGACGUGCUGCACAUCUGCUCAGAAGAACAUGACUUUGCUGAGCUUCUUCAGAAGGAUUCCUGGGGCUGCAGAUUCAGUUGGGAUUCAGCCUUUCCAGCUGUCACUGCACCAGGUUCCUUCAAGGGGGUGACUAGACUCACAAUUAAGUUAUGGUGGGGCUUUCAAGGCUCCUUCAAUUUUGAAUGUAUUUGCUGCUGGAGAGCCAGUGAAGUCACCAAUUCUGCAUAUCCUUCUCUCGCCCUCCCCCCCCCCCACAUAAUGCAUGGGAAGCCACAGUUCUGGUUUUGAGAUGCUAGGGCAGCUCAGUGCCCCUUGCCCUCACCCUGCAUGUCUUGUUACUCAGUCUCCCUGUGUAAUUGUGGCAUUAUCCCACAAUCAUCAUGUUUCUUAGGUGCCAAACAUUUACAGAAAAAAAGUCUUCAUAUGCAUUGGGGUCAGAAAGGGACAGAUACACAGGGACUUUGCUUGUGAGGAAGCUUUACCAUUAGUCCUGUAAGGGUGUGUGAUUUGGGCAAAUCUUAAGCUCUGAUGUUGGGUAGCAAAAGGCCCAAGAGCCUAAAAAGGGAGGGAAGGGGGUUAGUGGGUAAGUUCCAAGAGCUGAAAGGCUAGAAGCCUGGUGCGAUCCCCCAACAUCAAGACAAACCCACAGUGUUUGCAGGGGGAGGGUGUGCCUACCAAGCUUGGUUUAUUCAAAAGCAAGGUAGGAGUCUAUUUUUGUACCUUAGUCGCAUCAUGUUUUCCUGUGGGCCAGUAUUGUGGAAUGAGUUUUGAGUUUACACUAAUGCCUUCCUUCCCUGCCCACAACAAAUUGUGUACAUAGUCUGCAGAUGGCACCCCUCUUUCCCAGCUCUCCCCCAAGAGCUGGUAUUAGGCCUGUGUUAUAUGUUAUAUUUAGCCUUUUUAUAUAUGACCCUUGAUUUCUGUUGUACUUUAGCACAGUGUGCAUGUCCACUUAAAUAUAUUGUGCAGGCAUACACAUAUCUUUGUGUAUGCAUAUCUGUCAUCUGUAGUUUCUUGGGAGGACAGCUGAAGGAAGGGAAUCCUGCAGCCCAGGGAAAAACGUCUUUGCUAAUAGUGUUUGCUGCAAGUGUUAAGUCUUCGCUGUUAACCUUUUCCUUUCAGGAGACUAAGUGAAGCAAAGCUUCUAGUGUUUGCUGUUUCCAUGGCAGCUAUGUGAGGGUCUUAGGAUGAGUCCUGUGUGUUCCUCGAGCAUACUUGGGGCCCUUUCUACAGUAUUGGUCUCUCUCUUGCCUGAUGAUGCUCUGUCUGCACCUGUGUAUGUGUGACAGUCACUUUUGCAUGGCUUCUGUGCCUAGCUUGUGGCAUUUGGAGGCAGGGUGCUGGAACCAGUGUUUUCCCUUUGUCUGAAGCUUCUUUGCCAAUUACAUGUCACUGCCCACUUACCUGUGAUACCUGCUUUCUGGCUGUUUUUCUUACUUUCUCUUGAGAGGAAGGGGCUCUUGCUAGGCCCAGGUUGGGAAGAGCUGCAGCUGACCCCUGAACUUUCCUUCCUCUGCAUGGCCGCCUUAGAGCAGAAUGAGUGGUGUGUUAUUUCACAAGUUCCCACCCAAACAUUUAUGUAAGCAACACUCCCUGCAGAUCCAGAA